AUGGUUCUCACCUCAAGAGGAACAGAAAUGAUAUGCAUCAUUUCGGUGCUCGUCUUCCUCUCCUUAGUGGCGGUUAUCUUGCGCGUAGUUGCCCGAUUGCAGCGCCGAGUGCAAUUUGGAACCGACGACUACCUUUGCUUUGCAUGUAUCAUUCUGCUUAUUGGCAUGUUAGUCGAACUGGAGCUUUGGGUAACCAUUGGAGGCAAUGGCUCUCACCAAAACACUCUCAGCCCCGAGACAAUGAAGACCUUCUACAAAAUCUUCCUCUCCAACCAAUUCACCUACUUCCUCCUCUGUCCCACCAUCAAAGUCUCGAUUAUAUGCUUCUACCGACGGGUCUUCACCAUCCCCUCCUUCCAAUGGAUCUCCUUCGGCGUCAACGCCCUGAUCAUCCUCUGGGGCGCGGGCGUUUUCCUCGCCUGCGCCCUGCAAUGCCGCCCCCUGAAAGCCUACUGGGACACGAGCGUCGACGGCCAGUGUCUGGACGGGUACGAAUUGAUCGUCGCCAACCAAGUCUUCAACAUCAUCAUGGACUUCGUCAUCCUCGCACUCCCGAUCCCCUUGAUCUGGGGCCUCCACAAAGCAUGGCAGGAUAAGCUCGCCCUGAAUGGCGUUUUCGCUCUCGGUGGCUUCGUCUGCUUCGCCAGCAUCUAUCGCAUCGUCGUGCUCUUCUGGAUCAACCCUGACGAUACUACCUAUACCGUAUACCAGGCCACGCUUUGGACUCACAUCGAGCCGUCUAUCGGACUGAUCUGUUCGUGUCUGCCCACUAUUCGGGGCUUGUUUCCGCGCUUCAAGCUUCCCAGUCAGAAGCGGUACAGGACCGCCCCGUACUAUAUUAAUACCGAUAUCAGCACUUCGCGUUGUGUUGCGUCCGGCCCGAAGUCCCCGACUGCGGAGUUUCUGAAGAUGGAGGAGGGUGUCUCCCGGUCUCAUUCAAAUGCUUCAAAUACUCAGGACUUCUCGUCCAGCUUUAAGAGUAACUACAGCUCUCCGUUGGAUAUCACGGUCCGGACGGAUAUCGAUAUCACCGAUUUCCCGGCCUAUUAUCCCAGAUAAUUGAACCUGUGUCCCGGGGAAUUAUGACUCAGUUUGAGGGGUCCUCUCGCUCCAUUCAUGACGCCAAG